AUGGAGUUCGGUUUGGGCUUUUGCCCUGGUUCGUACUUAGCUCUGUGCACCUGGCUCGUAUUAUCCUCUCAUCUUUUACUAAAUGGCAAGGCGGAGAUAAGUUGCUCAACAUGCCCGUUGCCAAUGUAUCUGAACGCGGAGAAUGUACAACUGGAUAAACGCCUUGACCCGACAGGGGCGAGGAAUCCUUUGAAUGGUACCUCUGUGGAUCCCGACCAAGCUGGAGUUCUUAACAAAAAUAGUGGAGUAGCCGAUGGACGACUGGCAGACGGUGUUGCCAAGGAUGUGCCGAAAUUCGGGAAGGAUACGAACGCGGAUGGAGUAAACUCGAAAGUGUUACCAAAGGGCACACUUCUGCCAAGUUUAACGGAAGAAUUUCUAUCUGACGACUCGAACCGGGAAGAGCUCGAAUUUGGAAAAACGUUGCACAGAGCAAAGCGAAGCGAACCAGAAUCUUCCGAAUUUACCGAGAGCGCACGGAACAGUGGCGUCCGUCUCAGCGGCGAACCCUCGGAUGAGCGAAAGACAUCUGGGAUGUCGCUGGAUGGACAGGGACUGAGGUCCGAAAUCCGCUAUAUCAGGGAUGAUGGUAAAGUGUCAAAUUCCAGGCAAGAGGAACCCAGGCUGGUCAGCUCCACUUUCGCCUUGGCGGGAGACUCUGCUCAUACCCACGCCGUCGUUUACUGGACCGGCCGAAACAGCAGUGUCAUUCUAAUUCUGACUAAACUCUACGACUUUCACCUGGGCAGUGUGACAGAGAGCACUCUGUGGAGGUCAACAGAUUAUGGAACAACAUACGAAAAACUGAAUGAUAAAGUGGGAGUGAAGACCGUGCUGAGUUACCUCUACGUCUGCCCAAGCAAUAAGAGAAAGAUAAUGGUACUGACUGAUCCAGAGUUUGAAAGCAGUGUGCUGAUCAGCUCAGAUGAAGGUGCCAGUUAUCAGAAGUAUCGUCUGAGCUUCUAUGUCCUAAGCCUGCUCUUCCACCCCUCGCAGGAGGACUGGGUUUUAGCCUAUAGUCACGACCAGAAGCUGUACAGCUCUUUUGACUUUGGCAGGAAGUGGCAACUCGUUCACGAACAUGUGACUCCAAAUCGCUUCUACUGGUCAGUAACAGGACUGGACAGGGAGCCCGACCUGUUACACCUUGAGGCCCACACGGCUGACGGACAUUGUCAGUACAUGACAUGCAGAGCUCAGGCAUGUUCAGAGUCCAGCAGGAAUUAUCCUUUCUCUGGAUACAUUGAGAGCAAUUCUCUGGUAGUCCAGGAUGACUACAUAUUCAUCCAGGUCACAACCGCUGGUCGCGCAAGCUACUACGUGUCCUACCAAAGAGAGCCGUUCGUUCGCAUCAAAAUCCCCAAAUAUUCUCUGCCCAAAGACAUGCACAUCAUUAGCACAGAUGGCGGUCAGGUCUUCGCGGCCGUGCAGGAGUGGAACCAGAACGACACCUAUAACCUUUACAUAUCUGACACACGGGGCGUCUUCUUCACCCUGGCCUUGGAGAGUGUGAGAACCAGCCGAGGUCUAGGGGGUAACAGCAUGAUCGACUUGUACGAGGUAGCGGGGAUAAAGGGGAUGCACAUUGCUAACAAGAAGAUCGAGAACCAGGUGAAGACUUACAUUACGUACAACAAAGGACGAGACUGGAGAUUACUACAGGCCCCCGCCUCUGACCUCGCAGGCAACGAAAUUCACUGUGUCCUGCCUUUCUGUUCGCUGCACCUCCAACUACAAAUGUCAGAGAACCCUUACCUGUCCGGGAGCAUUUCCACCAAAACCACGGCCCCCGGAAUCAUUGUCGCCACAGGAAACAUUGGGUCUGAGCUCUCUUACAAUAACGUUGGGAUGUUCAUCUCCUCUGAUGCAGGCAAUACAUGGAGACAGAUAUUUGAAGAAGAGCAUAACGUAUGGUUUUUGGAUAAAGGCGGAGCUUUAGUCGCUGUCAAACAACCCACAGUUCCCACCAGACAUCUAUGGAUCAGUUUUGACGAGGGUAGGCAGUGGACCCGGCACAGUUUCUCGGCGGUCCCGCUUUUCGUGGACGGGGUCUUGGUCGAAUACGGAUGGGAAAACCAAAUAUUGACGUUUUUCGGACACUUCAGUCAUCGUUCGGAGUGGCAGCUGGUCAAAAUUGAUUACAAGGCCAUCUUCACCAGGCUGUGCACCGAGGGCGACUACCAGACGUGGCACCUACACAACCAGGGUGAGCCUUGUGUUAUGGGUCAGAAGCAGAUCUACAUGAAGCGUCGUCCUGGCAACCACUGCAUGCUGGGAAAGGACUACACCGGGAUUCUGUCAGCGGAACCGUGCAUUUGCAGAGCUCAUGACUUUGAAUGCGAUUACGGUUACGAGCGGCGCGGAGACGGACACUGUUCGCCCGCGUUCUGGUUCAACCCCUCCACCGUUUCCAGAAGCUGCAGUCACGGCCAGAACUAUUUCAACAGCACCGGGUACCGUAAAGUGGCGGCGAAUAACUGCACUAAAGGCGUUAAAGAGAUGUACACACCUCGGAAACUGCAGUGUCCAAACCGCGCACCCCGCGGCCUUCACCUGACCACCCGCGACGAGAAGCUCACUGCUAUGCUAGGCAGCAACGUCACCUUCCUCAUCCAGCUGGAGGAGGGUGAUUCUAUGAGAACCAACGUGCAGCUGGACUUUGGGGACGGCACGGCUGUGUCCUACUCUAACCUGAGCUGGACGGAGGAAGGCAUCAGGCACGUGUACCGCACGGCGGGGAUUUUCCGGGUCACCGCUCUGGCUGAGAACAGCAUGGGAUACGACUCCACCUCUCUCUACCUUCACGUCACAUGUCCUGUGGAGCACAUUCAGCUCCUGGCUCCAUUUGUUGUCAUUAAGAACAGGGAGGUGAACCUGACGGCAGUGGUUCGGCCCAUACACUUCAGAACGCUUACCUAUUUCUGGUGGCUGGGAAACAGCACAGAGCCAGUGAUAACCCUGGAAGGGAGCAUCUCUCAUGUUUUCACCAGUGAGGGAAUGCAGACAGUCACCGUCCAAGUGUACUCUGCUAACUCCAUACUACAGGACUCCAGAAACAUAGCAGUUCAAGAAUACUUCAAAUCGCUUCUUUUAUCUUUCUCCCCUAAUCUGGACGAUGCCAACCCUGACAUUCCUGAAUGGAGGCAGGACGUGGGGAGAGUAAUUAAGAAGGCCCUGCUUCAAGUGUCGGAUAUUCCGGAGGAGCAGCUCCUUGUGGCCAUAUUUCCCGGAAUCCCGACGGCCGCCGAACUGUUUAUCCUUCCUCACGAUAACCAGUCGGACGGCAGGAAAAGGAGCGAAGAAGACCUUGAGCAGGUCUCAGACAUCUUAGUGAGCACGUUGAACCAGAACUUGGUGGAGUUUGAAUUAAAACCAGGUUCUCGAAUAACGGUAUACAUCACGCAAUUAACCCUGGCUCCCUUGGUGGACUCUAUCCCCAGACACAGCAGUUCUGCCAUGCUGAUGCUUCUGUCUGUGGUCUUUCUGGGUUUAGCCGUGUUUCUCAUCUACAAAUUUAAAAGAAAAAUCCCCUGGAUUAACAUAUAUGCAGAAGUGAAUCACGAGAAGGAGCAGGAGAUGAUCGGAACAGUGGGCCAAAAUGAUCCCACUCCUAAAAUAACCCUGAGUGAGUUCUCCACCCCUAAGGAACUCAUGGAGAAAGAACUGGAAGCACGACUGAAACGAGGGGCAGGAAAUGUCUGUGAAAGCACAAGGGAAAUCCCCAACUGUACAAGUGUCUGA